AUGUCAGGAGACACCAGCACCCUGUCCUGGAGGAGCAUGUCUCCCACCAGCCAGUCAGAUUCCUCAGAUGUGUCUCCCACGGCAACUGUUGCCAGGGACAGCGUCUUUCCUGUGAAGAUCAUCAUUUGUUUCCUUAGUAAUAGCUCCAACCUGGGCAAGAACUUCAAACUGGUCCGCUGUGAGAAGGAUGGACUGUUUAAGGCUGUCAUCAAUGUAGUGCUUUCCAGUGGCUGCGUGGGUCCAGACAUUACGCACAGCCUCUGCUUUGGCCUUCUCCUCAAACACCUUAAGUCAUCCCAGGUUCACUGGCUGCAUCCUAACCUCACUAUAUCUGAACUAACACAGCGCUACGAACAACAGCACCUCGAGGCUGAAUGGAGAUACGACCUGAGGAUCAGAUACAUCCCUUUAGACUUCAUGGAGGAAUUCAGAGAAGACAGAACCACCAUGCUCUACUUUUACCAGCAGGUACGGAGUGACUAUAUGCAACAAUACGCCUCAAAAGUCAGUGAUGGGAUGGCGUUACAGCUUGGCUGCCUUGAAAUCAGGAGAUUCUACAAAGACAUGAAUCCAAACGGGCUGGAGAAAAAGUCAAACUUUGAGCUGUUAGAGAGGGAUGUGGGGCUGGACCUGUUCUUCCCCAGAGAGCUUAUCAACAGUAUGAAGCCCAAGCAGCUGCGUCGAAUGAUCCAGCAGACAUUUCAGGGUUACUCCACUCUGAAUCAGGACCAGUGCAUGGAUAGGUUCUUCACCACUCUGGCUCAGUGCUACAGCUACACACAGGAGAGCUUCGCCUGUCAGCUGGUGCAUGGCUGGAGUUUGACAAUCGACUUGGUCAUCGGCCCUGAAGGCAUCAGCCAACAAACUGAAAACUCCACACCCAUGUGUCUGGCUGCGUUUGCUCAGGUGCGCAGUAUCUCCUGUUCUGCAGAAAAAGACGGUCGGGCUCUACUCACCGUCCACAUCGAGGGAGCCCAACAACCGCUGUCAGUGAGCACCUCCUCCCUGGCUGUAGCAGAGAACAUGGCCGACCUGAUUGAUGGCUACUGUCGACUGGAAGGGGCUGAAAAAUCUCACAUUAGCAGGUUUGGUAAAGGAAGAGACGCAAGGCCAAAACUGCCUGACAUUCCAAAACCUAGUGCUCUCAGAGGUCCUGAAAGAGGUUUGAAUUCAGACAUUUAUGUGGAGAUUCCAGAGGGUUCAGGAGCUGCAAAGAAAUGCAGGAUCUCCAGAGAUGACGUUUUCUUAGGUCGCAUUCUGGGUGAAGGAUUCUUUGGAGAGGUUCAUGAUGGAGUUUACAAAAGCCCAACAGGAGAGAGGAUCCGCGUGGCAGUCAAAACAUGUAAAGACUGUUCUGCUGAUGUCAAAGACAAGUUCCUCAGUGAAGCUGACUUGAUGAAAAACCUGAACCAUCCCCACAUUGUGCAUCUAAUUGGUGUCAUUGAGACUGAUCCAGUCUGGAUUGUCAUGGAGCUGUAUGAACAUGGAGAGUUGGGGAACUAUCUGGUGGAGCAGCAGUACAACCUGAGUACUGCCAUGUUAACCCUGUACUGUCUGCAAAUCUGCAAAGCCCUGGCCUACCUGGAGGGCCUCAAUAUGGUGCACAGAGACAUAGCAGUGCGAAAUGUCUUAGUGGCAUCUCCUGAAUGUGUCAAACUGGGCGACUUUGGUUUGUCACGUUACAUCGACGAACAAGAGUAUUACAAAGCCUCACUCAGUCGGUUACCGAUCAAAUGGAUGGCGCCAGAGUCAAUCAACUUUAGACGCUUCACCACAGCCAGUGACGUCUGGAUGUUUGGCGUCUGUGUGUGGGAGGUUUUCUCCACGGCCCAGCAGCCCUUCUUCUGGCUGGAGAAUGGUCAGGUGAUCAACCAGCUGGAAUCUGGAGUUCGACUCCCCAAACCACAAAGCUGCCCCCCCAUCCUCUACUCCCUGCUUACCCGCUGCUGGGCCUAUGAGCCGCACGGCCGGCCGAAUUUUAGCCAGCUGGUGUGCUCCCUGAGUGAGAUCCACAAGAUGGAGGUGGAGCAGGAGGCCAGACCACAUCGAUGUAUAUCACGGUCCAUCUCAAUCGAUUUUGACUCCAAACGCAUAGAGCCGCCUCCAAAGCCCUCCAGAAUACAAGGCGGCACCCUCCCUCGAGGCUCAAGCUUACAGGACAUUGACAACAGACCAGUAUGGGAGAAAGAAAGAGAACGAGUGGAGGACACUUUACAGAGACAAAAAAUGGAGAUGGAGAUGGAUAAGCAGUGGCUGCAGCAGGAGGAGAGGCAACUGGAUCCUGUUGUACGACAAGGUUCACUCACCAAGCCUGGAAAACAAACAGAAAAUGGUCCUCCAGAGAAGCCCCCAAUGCCUCCUCCUAUUGCACAGCCUCGGCCCACAGCUGAGCUGGAUCGAUCAGGCGAUGAGGUUUACACCGGUGUCAUGGCGAUGGUCAAACAAGUGGUCCAGUUGAAGAAUGAAGUCAACACUCUGCCUCCGUCUGAGUAUCCCAAUGCUGUCAAAGUGGUGGGCGUCACUCUCCGCAGCCUGAUUCAAAGUGUGGACCAGAUCCUGCCGUCCCUGCACAGCUCUGUCACCACAGAGAUCGAGGGCACAAAGAAGCUGCUGAAUAAAGACUUAGGAGAGCUGAUCAACAAGAUGCGCCUGGCCCAGCAGAACUCCGUCACGUCUCUGAAGGAGGAGUGUCAGCGGCAGAUGUUGGCAGCUGCUCACACUUUGGCGCUGGACUCCAAAAACCUCCUGGAUGCAGUUGAUCAGGCUCGAGUCAGGGCCAACUUGGCCAAGCCCAGACCUGACAGUCCAGGUCCUGAAGAUCCAGGGGAAUGAAAGGUACAGACACUUUACAUGAAAGGACUGACACAGACGACCUGGACUUUACAGUCGCCUGGAGGCCGGAGGACUUCAGAUCCAUUCAAAGAUAUGAUCAUAUAUUGGAAAUCUGUCCCAAAAUAUGAAUUAUAUUGUGAAUUAAAUUAAGAUGAACAAAUUCAACUAGUACAACAUAGAGGCAAAUGAUGUUUUGACUCUUUAAAGUUCUUUAUUCUUUAUUUUUACUAUUAAAAAAUGAAAUCCUAUGUCUAG